CUGCCCGCAGUAUUGCCAGGCAUCCCCGAAAGAGGAGGUGCAUUGGACGAGGAGAGGCAGGCGAGGGAAGAGACAAAUUAGCCUCAGUGUGGUGUGAGUGGUUGCCUUGUGCUUUCUUGCUUGCAGCAGGCAGAUUCAGGACACUCGCCAGAUCUCGAGCUCAUCUGAAAUACAUUAAAGCCCUGGAGAAGAACGAUCCUCUGUAAUCUGGCUGCGCUGGUGCUGCGCUGAAGGGCUCCUAUUUGCUGACAGAGGUACACCCAUACAUGUAGCAGCAGCUCCUCCAAGAGACUGUUUUUGUCUCUUUAAGUCAAAAUAUUUUCCAGACUCCAGAGGGCUAAGACUGGAGAGCGAGCGCUUCAAGGUGCUUCAGGAAGACUCAUAAUAACUUGGGUCUAAAGGUUGCCAGCGUGGUGACGGUUUUCAAAGAAGAAGCUCUUGAUCUCAAAGGAAACGUCGUCCCGUAUCGUUCCUCUCGACGUGUGCGAAGGAGAUCCCAAGGACAAGUGAGCAGCAUUCACAUAAAUACAGGAAACAUCUGAAGUUAUUCCAAGGUUCAGCUACAGGAAACAACAGAAAUAACUCAUAAAGACGCAGAUUUUUUGUGAGAAGUCGUCUUGCUAGUCAAUCAACAUGUCACGCUGGGGACGAAAAAAUGUGAAGAAGGCGCCUGAGGUGAUUCGCACUGUGACAGAAGGGCUGAAAUCCCUGUACCGUAAGAAGCUGCUGCCUCUGGAGCAGUUUUAUGGUUUCCAUGACUUCCACUCCCCUAGUCUGGAGGAUGCAGACUUUGACAACAAGCCCAUGGUGCUGGUUGUGGGACAGUACUCCACUGGAAAGACAACAUUCAUUAAGUAUCUACUGGAGCAGGACAUUCCAGGGAGCAGGGUGGGCCCUGAACCCACCACUGACUGCUUCACCGCCAUCAUGCACGGGGAGGUAGAAGGCGUCAUCCCAGGGAAUGCCCUUAUCGUUGACCCCAACAAGCCUUUCCGCAAACUGAACCCAUUCGGAAACACCUUCCUCAACAGAUUCCAGUGCGCCCAGAUGCCCAAUCAGGUCCUGGAGAGCAUCAGCAUUAUUGACACACCUGGGAUCCUUUCCGGGGCCAAACAGAGAGUGAGCCGAGGUGAGAGAAGUGGCAAAGGCUACGACUUCCCAGCUGUGCUGCGCUGGUUUGCGGAGCGCGUGGACCGCAUCAUCCUGCUGUUCGAUGCCCACAAACUGGAGAUAUCGGAUGAGUUCUCCGAGGCCAUCGGCGCGCUGAAAGGCAACGAGGACAAGCUGCGCGUGGUGCUCAACAAAGCGGACAUGGUGGGCACGCAGCAGCUGAUGCGGGUGUACGGUGCGCUCAUGUGGUCCCUGGGGAAGGUGUUCGGCACCCCGGAGGUCCUGCGCGUCUACAUCGGCUCCUUCUGGUCGGAGCCGCUGAUGGUGACGGACAACCGCAAGCUGUUCGAGCUGGAGGAGGAGGAUCUGUUCGCGGAUAUUCAAAACCUUCCUCGCAACGCAGCUUUACGCAAGCUCAACGACCUGGUCAAAAGGGCACGUCUGGUUAGGGUCCACGCUCACAUCAUCAGCUACCUGAAGCAGGAGAUGCCUUCCGUCUUCAGGAAGGACAACAAAAAGAAGAAUCUGAUCUAUCAGCUGCCGGUUAUUUUCUCCAAGAUCCAGCUGCAGCACAACAUCUCUGCUGGAGACUUUCCAGACUGUGCAAAGAUGCAGGAACAACUGAUGGUCCACGAUUUCACCAAGUUCAAGACCUUGAAGCCCAACCUGAUGGCAGCCUUAGACGAGCUCCUCUCCAGUGACAUCGCCAAGCUGAUGCCCCUCCUGCGGCAGGAGGAGCUGGAAGCGGGCGAUCAGCUGGGCGUGCAGGGUGGAGCCUUCAUGGGGACCCGGGCCGGACCGUUCCAAGAGGGCGACCCCUUCGCUGAGGAGAACGGAGAAGGCUGCGAGGAGGAGGAGGAUUGGGUGGUCACCAAAGACAAGCCCAAAUACGACGAAAUCUUCUACAACCUCGCUCCCAACGAGGGGAAACUGAGCGGCACCAAGGCUAAGGACUGGAUGGUGAGCUCCCGCCUGCCCAACUCGGUCUUGGGCCGCAUCUGGAAGCUGUCCGACGUGGACCAUGACGGCAUGCUGGAUGAUGAAGAAUUCGCCCUGGCCAGCCACCUGAUUGAGGUGAAGCUGGAGGGUCACGGUCUUCCCCCUGAGCUCCCCAUCCGCCUGAUCCCUCCUUCCAAACGCAGGCAGAAAGGUUCUGAUGCAUAAACACGUCACAAAGUCCCUGGAGAUUACUCUCUAGUGACUGCUACACUGUAUUUGCUCUUAUUUUCCCCCCCAGACUCACGUUGAAAAUGUUGUAUGUAAGGUGUACAACUUUUCCCCUGAGACUAAUUUUAGUCUUGCACAAUGGAACAUACUGUAUUUAACUUUAAGUUGUACCUUUGAGACCAUAACAAAAAAAAAAAAAACAUGUAUUAAGUAGUUGAACGGGUCUGGUCGCUUCUUGCUUUUUGGCUCCUCAAAGUUUGCUUUUUAUAUGAUGAGCUUUUAGAAAUAUAUCUCCUUACGUUUGCUCGACGUAAGGUAUAAUAAAGGUUGGCACCCUCUAAGUGAGCAGCAAUGAGCACGUAUUUGAGAGAGAGAGCUAAACUUUUCUGUAUUAAAAUCUUUACGCAUCUAAAAGUUUAUGUUCAACAACGUAUUUUUACUGAAAUGACUUGUCUAUAGUAUUUUCUACUCAGAGUAGCAGUACCCAUCUAUUAACCCUGAAAUGCUUUUCACUUGGACGCUUUACAUGCCACAGUUUGUUCAGACGUUUUAUGUUUUUUUUUGUAAUUGUCGCUGCUGUUUUGUAUGUGCAGGAGCAAGACCUCACUUGCAUAAAAGAACAUUACAUGCUGAGAUGAACUUUUUUAACUAGACUGAAUGAUUGAUCUUUUACUGACUACUGUACACAGCUCCACCAACUGUUCUUAUUUUAUCUUGUACUAUUAUUGUAACCAAAUAAAAUUCCCUGACUGUG